AUGGAGUUCCUCCGAAUUCUCUUCCUGGUGCUGAGCGGUGUAGCCUUCCUUGCCGGGGUGCCGUUGAAUGGCUACGUCCUCUUCUUAGCCGGCUGCCGUGUGGAGAAUACGGCCAGCACUGUGUGUAUCUGGAGCUGGGCCAUGACCGAUUUCAUCUUCAUCGUCUUCCUGCCUCUCAGAUUCACCUCCUUCUUCAUCCUGGACUUAGAUUGGGCCAAUAUACUGAGCAGCACCGUCACCUCCUUCCACAUGUUCUCCAGCGCCUUCCUCCUCACCACCCUCAGUGUCGAUCGCUGCAUCCUCGUGGCGCGCCCUGAGUGGGCCCAGAACCACCGCACACCCCGCUUGGCUUUCAGGAUGGUUAUAAGCAUAUGGGUCCUGUCUGCUGCUUUCAGCUCGCGGUACGGUGAUCUCUGGGAAUUCCCGCUCUCACCUGCCAGCACCAGCAUGAAUUUCGAUCCAGAUGAAAGGAGGGUGAAGGCCGCUAUUGCGAUCCAGUUCCUGGUUGGGUUUCUGAUCCCAUUAGCCUUGAUCUUGAUCCCAACAUCCUACAUUGUUCUAGCUGCCAAGCUGAGAAGGAACCGGCUCAUCCACUCCACCAAGCCACUCAAGAUCCUUCUUGGUUUGAUCCCGACCUUUUUCCUCUGCUGGCUGCCAUAUCACGUCUUCCUCUUCCUGCAGAUCUCAGCUACGUAUCCUCAGACUCUUCUGAACAUAGGAAGCACUUUUUCUUGUGUCCUGACAUAUUUCAGCAGCUGCCUCAACCCCAUCUUCUACCUCAUCUUGGAGGAAGAGUUUCUGAGGUACCGGCAACGUGCACGCAGCUCCCAAACCACUGACAACUCAGGGUCAGAGCUGGCUGACUCCCCAAUGGCCUUGCAGCGGCCCCACUGCACAACGUCUGCACUGCCCAAGCCGAGCCGGGAGGAGGAAGAGGGGAUACUGUGA